ACCCUGGCCUCCAGAGACCCAGAAGUGGAGGUGGCAGGGGGGGCUCAGGUUGGCCUUUGUCAGGACUCUCUGGACUGUGAGUCCAUGGGGAGCCCCGAGUCCAGCUGAGCUUUGUCGGCUUCAGGCCAGCCGCAAGUUGGAGCAGGUGCUGGAGAGGUCCCACCAGCUCAGGAUGUCCCCUGCCAGUCUGUCACAGCGCUAUCAAGCCCAUAGGCCAUCUAGCAACCCUGAGGGGUGUGUGUCCCUUUUUGGAGCUGGAAAACAGGAGGUUACUGAGGCAGGAAAGCACUCAGAAGCUGGUCUGCAUGAAGCAGAGGUGGUGGGGCUCAUAGGACCUAAAGCCUGGGCCUGCCUCCCAGGGCAGGGGCUCCGCUACCUGGAGCACCUGUGCCUUGUACUAGAGCAGAUGGUAAGGCUCCAGCAGCUCUACCUGGAGCUGCAGACCCAGAGGCUUCCUGGGGAUCUUGAAGAAGACUCAGAACCCCCAGCUCUGGCCUCUCAUGCCCCAGGCAGUGAGGUGCAUCAGAGGUCAUGGGAGCUGCUCAGCCAGACACAGCAGACAGUGUCCUUUCUGAAGGGGCAAAAACAGCUUCAUGCCCAAAGGUGAGUGUGCCCAGUGCCAAUUGUCUAAGCCCAUCAGGGAUCCCAGCAAAAGCAGCUUACACUUUUCCAUCCUCUCAGGGACACAAGGUAGGUGGAGAAUGUGUGGGGGCAAGAGGGAGGACAGGAUGGGAAGGAUUG